AUUCUGAGCAAUGUUAUCCCAGUGACUCUGAGUUGAGCAACGACUGCAGGUCUCUCUUCAGUUCAUGGGACUCCAGUAUGGAUCUGGAUGUGGGCAGCUGGAGGGAAACUGAGGAACCAGGGGCUGAGGAACUAGAGGAAAGCAGCCCAGGCAGAGAACCUAGUGAGCCUCUUGGGGAUGGAGACAGUGAGGAGUCUCAGGAAGAGACAGUGCAAGUCAGACGCCAGAACCUCCUUCACUUUCUCUCUGAGGUAGCUUAUUUAAUGGAGCCAUUGUCCAUUAGUAGCAACGAAUCAACUGAAGGCUGCUGCCCUCCAUCUGCAACCAGGCAGCAAAAGGGUAAAGAAACUGAAGCUGCGAAAGAAGAGAGAGAGCCCUGCAGAGAGGCUGAAGAGCUGUCAGCCAAACUAAACUCCUUGGUAGCUGAGAAGAAGCCAGUGGAAGAAAGGGGGGAGCAAGAGGUAGAACCAGCCCCCUCAGGUCUAUGUGCAGUACAGGAACUGUCCACAGAGAAUGAAGAGUGUUUGCUUUAUGCACAAACUUCAAAAGUGCCAUAG